GUUCCCUAUAUCUGUUGCGUGUAUGCUCCUGUAUCUGAAACGCUAUUGUUCUGAAUUUAAAAUUCUGUUUUCACACAUACCUACAAUAGCAAAACUUACAAAAGUGUGAAAGCGAAGAGAAGAUCAGUGAUUCUUUGUAAUCGGGAAUUGCGACAAGUUCAAGGUCACUGAGAAUAACACUAUCCAACCACGUUGCUUUAGUUUAGUAGAUCUUCAUCUUUUAUAAAAUAUGUCGUGUUAGGUCGUAAAAAUGUAUCUUUUAGAUUUUGUGCUUACACUGUUUUUACUAACGGCAGUAAAUCUAUCGAGCCACAAUGUGCGAUGUGAUUUAUCAGCUGAAGAAGGCAACGAUUCCCAAAUUGGUGACGAUGAACUGGAUGGGUUGAAGGAGGUAUUUUACCGUAAUCUAAUGGCAGACAUGCGCAUGGAGCCGGGAAAAAUAGCGACAAUCACCCCAGAGCUCGAAAACCGCAUGGAAGAACGCAUUCAAAGUUUCCUCAGGGCUACGGAUGGAAUGGCAAGCAAAGUACGUCGGCGUCGUCAAGUCGUUCAUGAUAUACCGAUGCAUACCACGAUGGAACAGCAAGCAAGAGCAAACGUUGCUUCUCAUGAGGAAAUUUAUGCCGAAACUGCUGAAGCUGAACGUCGCUACCUCAAAGGCUUUCGCGAACGAGGAUCCGUUCCGGUUAGCUUUCCACUUGAUAUCUGCCUUUUGAAAGUGGGGCGAUCCAUCUUUGCUGCGUCGUUACAUCUCCGAAAGUCGAAGGACACCUACACCAACCACACCAUUGUGACGUUCUACAAACGGCAUAACGGCCAGUUCCACAAGUACAUGGAGUACACGGCUGCUCAGGCGCGUAAUUUCGAUUGCAUUUCGCAUGCCUCGCUCGGGUUCGUUGCUGUGGUUAACUACUACAAUAACACCGACAAUUUGGACUCCCCGGACGCUCAUCCCGGGUUUGAGGAAGGGUCACCCGUAUUCAAAAUUCAGGAGGAUGGCACUACCGAGAUCAUUCAAAAAUUUCGUCAAUCCAACCAGAACACUGUCCACAUGUGGACAGCUGGUAACCAUUUCUAUUUAACUCACACGUACAUUGACUUGAACGAGAAUGAUGACAACGUUUGUCCACUGUACCGCUGGACCGGGUACCACUUUGACGUGAUCGAUGAACCGGCAUGCUACAAUUCGAUCCACAUAGAACCAUUCUCGAUCGAGCAGACUUUGUACAUGGCUAUCGCCAAUCAGAUGAAUGACGAAUCCGUCGAAGAAGACACAUUUUCCGAUAUUUAUCGGUUCAAUUACGAACAGCAGAAAUUCGAAUUCCAUCAGAAGAUCUACAUCUACUCGGUGUCCGAUAUAGCAUAUUUCUUCCUGGAGUUGGGGGACACUCGUGAGCAUUAUCUAAUAACGGGGAACUCCCGUGCCGGCAAGGAAACCGAAACUCAUAAGCUUGACUACGAUCAGCACUCGAUCGUGUAUAAAUACGUCGAUGGAUAUUUCGUUCCGGUACAGAAGAUCGAACUGCAUCGAGUAAAGAUGUUUCUUCCGGUUAUGCAUGAAAAUGGUGAGUUUCUUCUACUGAUUCGCUGCAUUGGGAAGCCACUACUAAUCUACGAAUACGAUGGUUGGAAGUUUGUACCUUCGCGAAUUGAUUACACACGAAACGCAUUCAGCACAGGAGUUUCUUUUAUGCGUGUCUAUCGGCAUAUACUGAACACAAGCCUAAUCGUGAUAGCCAACAAGCAUAACUUUGGAAAUACAGCAAAUUUGCUUUCCCCGAUCUACGGCGUUGAGAACAAUCUCAGGGAUGUCUACGGGCAAUUCGUUUCUUGGUGUAGCCAAACAACCGAUCAGUUGGAGAACGUCAAUUUAGAAGACAUUUACAACAAGCUUGUUGCACUACCGAAAAUUUCUGGUAAUGGUGCAACGAUCAACAAGGAUGUCGAAAUAAAGGGAUCAAGUGUGGAAAAGAUGAUGACCAAAGUGCUGCACACGAAGGAGUUUAUGUUCAACCAAGAGGCGUUCGACUAUUUAAACAACGUAAAUAGACAACUGCAAGCGCUGAAACAGAAGGCGUCACAGCUGCGCAAUUUAGUUGAAGGCAGUUUGAAGCUCAGUGAAGCGAUGGAAGUGCGGGGCGAUGUAAGAGUACCGCAGGUGAUCGCGUCCGGUGGAUUAGUGAGAGAUCUUCAAGCGAAGAAUGUCAACGAUGAGCGAGUGGUUGCUAGAGUUGCGAAUCAAACCGAACACGAAGAUGUUAUCAAUGUUGAUCGGCUGGUAAUCGAGGACAGAUUGGCUGUGAAGUUUCUAAAUGGCUAUGCAAGCGAAACGUUAAUUCGUACGACGGAUGAUUUGCGGUAUUUGGAGGGAUUAGAUUUGCAUGCAAAGGAGGUUGAAGUACACGGAGAGUUGUUUGUAGAAAAAGCAAUCGAUGGAGUUCACGUAUCUACGGAUAAUGUUCUACUUCGUGGUGUAGAUCAAGUAUUCCAAGGAAGAACCUUAAGGGCUACAAAUUUGACGGUAGGAAACCUUAUAGCAAAAACACUCAACACAACAGACGUUGGAUCGAUUAUGUCAUAUCUGGAUCGAGCAACAGAGUAUGAUGUUGCCCAAAAAAGAUCAGCGGAAAGUUAUCCAAAAAAAUUUAAAGAAAUUAGAGUAGAAGAUCUUGAAAUCAGUGGUCUUGUAAAUGAUGUUGACAUCAGAUAUAUAGAUAAAAAUGCGUUAAAAGUCGUAGGUGAUCAAAUUAUCACUGGAAGCAUAAACUUCGAUAACAUCGUGACGAAGAAGCUAGAAACACCUAACAAAAGAUUAUCCGGUGUAGACCUAAAUUACCUAGUCAUGACCGUACCAACUGCCGAACAACAGGAUUUUACCGUCCGGCAAGAUGUGCAAUUCAUAAGCCCGGUUUAUAUGGAGAAUCUUCAUGUUGAUGAACGCAUCAACCAUAUCAAUGUAGUCGACGACCAAUUGCAGGUUUUGUUGAAAAAUCCCAAGGAACCGCAGCUCAUCACUGGAACCAAAUCUUUCGAAAACGUACAGCUUCAGGGUCCUAUUCACUUGCAGGGAAAAAUUAACAGCAGUAGUCUUAGCAAAUUGAACCCGGUUUCUACAAUCACUCAGGACCUGUAUCUGGAAGGUGACUUCGAAAUAACCGGAGAUGUAACGAUUGGACGCCUUUUGAAUACUUCUAACAUAUAUGGGGCUAGUCAAACGUUCAAUUUCUACGAUUUGUACCGUCAUGGUCUGCCGCUGAGCGCAGUUGCUACCAAUCAGAACUUCGUCUUCAAAGAACCACUCGUAGUGCAUCACGCUUUUGCUUAUAAUCUCAACGGCGUCAAUCCCAGCGAUUUUGUUCCUGUCCCUUCCAACAAACUCCAGAUAAUCACCGGACGAAAGAUAUUCAACGGUGAUCUAACGAUUCGUGGUAAUAGGAUAGAUGCUGCCGUGAUCAAUGAUAUCGAUUUGAAUCUUCUGAACCAGACGAUCCUUAAAAAGACUGGCGAUCAGGUUGUUGAGGGAUCAAUCCAUUUUAAGGAAUUAAUUGCAUCCACUGUGGCGACCAAGAAAGCCCUGUUUGAGGAACUGCCUCUGAGCACGCUUCUCACUGUUAACACGAACCAAAGAAUCAAGUCGAAAGUACGUUGCGUGAAUUGCAAACUGACAAUUCAUGGUGACUUGAACGUCGGCAGAUUAGUUCCACUCAAUAACUCAAGGAUAUUCGGCUAUGAUCUGGAUUCAAUAUUCUCCGACACACUGCAAAAAGGCUAUGCUCCGGAGGAGUACGUUGCCGUAACUGCCGGCAAGAGUUUCUACAAUGUGAGCGUCGGCGAGCUGAUUCUACUCGAUCAAGCAACUAUCAACGGAGUUGACCUCAUAGGGUUGAAGAAAAUCAACGAUCCUUUGGAGAAGGACGUCAUUGUAGAGGAGACUUUGAUAUUGAAGAAUCCUUUACACGUUCGCAAUGUGUACUUUAAUGGAUCGAUCAACGGAAUCCAGCGAGAAGAAUUCGGUCAUACGUGGCUUUUGAAUGAGUACAAUCAAACGUUUACCACACCGCAAAUAUUCGAACAUGUUGCCGCUGAGGGAGUGAUUGUCGAUGGUUAUUUCAAUGGAAUCAAGGUGGAAGAACUGGUUCCAGAUCUUUACUUUUUGGAUCGUAGCGAACAACUACCAGAAGCUAUUUUCCACGAAGGAAUUGUAUCCUAUCAGCCAAUUGUCGUCAAAGGGUUGGUUUCCGGGUUGAACCUUGCUACAGAUGUCCUAUUGAACAACUCCCCAAAACGGCAAUAUCUGAAGGACGUAAGAAUUGAUGGCAAUCUGAUUUGUUCCAGUCGAAUUCACGUUGAACAUAAUUUAAAUGGAAUGAACUACGCCAAGAUGCGUGAGUUUGCAACAUCGAGCGGCACCGACAAACCGAUAAAUGUGAAUGUUCAAGGGAAUGUACACUUCCAGUUUCAACCGCUGGUUGCACAGUUGAAUGGGUAUAACUUGGAACAACUUCAUCGGGAUGUCUGGUUGACGAAUCGGGAAGAAAUUUUAACGGGUUCGUACCGUUUUGAGAAUGUUAACUUUGCCAACUAUGUUCAUACGAAGGGUCCAGUGAAUCAACUAGAUUUGGAGGAGAUCGUGCAUACCUACAUGAGUGUGUCGAAGCUACAGAACGUGUCCACGCCGAUUGUUUACAAGGGACCGGUGGAGUUCCAGAAAAUAGCUACUUACGACAGUAUCGUCCUUGAGGGACUGCUAAAAGGGACGAAAGAAUCACGAGGAAUCAACAUUGAAGAAUUCGACAAAUAUGUCCUCAAAAAAGACGUUGAUCAAACCAUCACCGGCAAAUGGGUCUUCCACGAUGCUGAAGUUUACGGAAACCUUAACUUGAGCACUCUCAACGGACAUGACCUCCGAACGGACAUUCUCUUGAAUCAUGCUGAUCAGGUAACCUUCUCUGGUGUCAAACGGAUUGAUAACCUUCGGGUCCACAACCUUCGAUGCUCUGAACCGUGUUUCAUCCAAGGGGUGGACUUCGCCGAAUGGUUCGCCAACUCAGUACGUCUGGAUCGGAAUCAUACCGUCGAAGGGAUCACCUACCUUGAAGGGACCACCGUCCUAGGAGGCAUCGAGUCGUACGGUCCCGUCAACAAUGUUACUUUCGAUUCGCAACAUUUGCUGCUCAAAUCGAUUCCACAAACGCUGGAGGGCUCCGUAUAUCUCAAAACCAAAUUUCCAGAGUAUAAUUUGAUUUACCCAUCGUCGAUUGAGACGCUUGAAGUAAAUACGAUCAAUGGCAAAGAUUUUAAUCAAUUUAUGGAGAACUUGGUCCGCAACGAAAAGGGCUCGAUCACAAUAGAUACUCCAAUAACAUUAGUUCAAAAUCUGAAGGCAAAGAAUGUUGAGACGGGGGAUAGUAAAAUCUUCGGCGUGAACAUAAACCAAUUGCUACAGGAAGUCGAGUACGGCGAUCAGUUAAGUAAAUAUGAAUCUAAGCUGCGUAGCCUACAUAUGGUUGGUCAAUCAUUGGUGGAAACAUUUAGAACCAAAACGCCUUAUCUAAGUCACUAUCAGCCGAUGAAGAUUCUGCCUGGAUUUUUCCGCAGCUUAACAACCAUUACAUUACCUCUUUCACCGAUGCCAGUAGAACUGCUUGCAGUACUUGUGGAUGAUGGGAACCGUACGGCUGUUGAUUUCUAUAGAUGGAAUAAAAAGGAAUCUAAAUUUAGUAUUGCUAAAGGUUUUCCGUCCAUUUCCUUCCCAACCCUUCUGAUCACCAACAUGAAGCGAAUCAUCCUCAACGGGGUACAGAAUUUAUUCGUCGAGUACUACGACCAGCAUCGUCAAAUCUAUCGACAGUCUAUUCUUGACCUAGAAGCACCAGACUUUCUAUCACCAAAGAAGACACCUAAGUUCACCUCUAUCUAUGAGUUCAACAGUUCACGUCCCAUGGACAUUGUGGCGUUCAAAAUACUGGACCUGGAUUGCGUCGGACUCUACACACAUCAUAUCGACGGAAUGAACGUAUACUGUCUUCGCCUGGAGAAUCUGGUGUACUACCUGAAGUUCCACCAAUUGCUCGCUACCCCUGCUGUCAAACAAGCUCUACACCUGGAUGGGCGAUUGAUCGUGUUGAGCAGAGACAAUCUGUUACAAGUGUGGCGGCCCCGUGCCGAAUACAAGUUAGGUUUGGUUCAGUUGAUUAAAAUCGCUCACCCCACUUCUCUGACUGUGGCAAAGUUCGAGCAGCAAUUGUUCAUUGCUAUAAACUCGGAACAAGCAUUGACGGAUGCGUACGCACAUCACGGCUCGAUUGAGAUCUGGCGAGAUCUACGACCGCAGCAUCCCAAUAGUACCUUCACCAAAUAUCAAACCAUUCUGACUAAGGUGCCGAAGCAGAUUCAGUUCUCAGUCCUGACAACCACUUCGGAGCUGAUGCUGUACACCUUGACGGAGAAUCCGUUUCAUCCGUUGAUGAUCUACCGAUACGAAGGAGUUGCCGGAUUCCGCGAAUAUUUGACUAGUAACGCUUUGCGAACCAGUAGCAAGAGGUUUACGGUGAUUAAGAUGGAUCGCAAACAGCGGGAACUGUUGGCACUGGUUGGAGAUCGAGAAGUUACUUGGAUAGAAGCGGUCAUUAAAGGAAGGUAGGAUGUUUUAACACGUUGUAAAUGUGUACGCAAAGGCGUACUAUACCGUGUUUCGUUAAUUAGUGUUGUAAUAAAAUUGUUUAUUUUUUGUUGAAUAUAUAAA